ACCCUGGCGUAUUGCGCGUGGCCAAGUUCAGCUCUGCCCUCCUUCUCAGGGGCUUCCAUUCAUUUUGGGCCAAAAGUGAACCUCCGCCCCUGCCCCAAACUGUUGUGCUUUGCGGAUGGAGGGCGCGGGGGAGGCCAUACCGCGGUGAAGGGACCACUUAGCCAAAGACGACCCUAGGGGUGAAGGGCAGAAGGGAGAGAGAUGGACAGCUGUGCGCCUUGGAGCGUCUCGUUCCUGGGCAAGGGUCUGGGGACCCUAGGUUUUGGGACCGUCGAGAGUGUCGAUCUGGGAGCAUAGAAUACAGUGCUGGAGGGAGUAGAGUGAGGACCUGGAGGCCCUAGGAUUAGGUGGGUUCUAGGUGUCCAGGGCAAUUUUGGGAGGCGCAGAAGGAGAGUCUGGGGGCUCCGGGAUUAAGGUGUGGGUGCACAGGUUGAAAUUCUGGGGGCGCAGAUUAGGUAGGGGCUAGGCGCACAGGAUGACAUUUUUGGUGAGGAUGUGGGGUCCCCCGGGUGAGUCUGGGGGCCUUGCAUCAAGGUCAACGGCUCCAAGGAUCGAGCGCUGGGGGACCCUGGCCCAGCGCCGGGAGGCGGCUCUGAGAGGCGCCGCGGGGGACCGGGCACUGCCCGAGCCAGCUGAGCCGCCGGAGCUGCGGGCCGCAGGGCCAUCGCAGGCCCAAGAAUGCACAGAUGGCUAUGAGUGGGACCCAGACAGCCAGCACUGCCGAGAUGUCAACGAGUGUCUGACCAUCCCCGAGGCCUGUAAGGGGGAAAUGAAGUGCAUCAACCACUAUGGGGGCUACUUGUGCCUACCCCGCUCAGCUGCCGUCAUCAACGACCUACAUGGCGAGGGACCCCCACCACCAGUGCCUCCCACUCAACACCCCAACCCCUGUCCACCAGGCUAUGAGCCCAACGAUCAGGAGAGCUGCGUGGAUGUGGACGAGUGUGCCCAGGCCCUGCAUGACUGUCGCCCCAGCCAGGAUUGCCAUAACUUGCCUGGCUCCUACCAGUGCACCUGCCCCGACGGCUACCGCAAGAUCGGGCCCGAGUGUGUGGACAUAGACGAAUGCCGCUACCGCUACUGCCAGCACCGCUGCGUGAACCUGCCUGGCUCCUUUCGCUGCCAGUGCGAGCCGGGCUUCCAGCUGGGGCCCAACAACCGCUCCUGUGUGGAUGUGAAUGAGUGUGACAUGGGGGCCCCAUGUGAGCAGCGCUGCUUCAACUCCUAUGGGACCUUCCUAUGUCGCUGCCACCAGGGCUACGAGCUGCACCGAGAUGGCUUCUCCUGCAGUGACAUUGACGAGUGCAGCUAUUCCAGCUAUCUCUGCCAGUACCGCUGUGUCAACGAGCCAGGCCGCUUCUCCUGCCAAUGCCCGCAGGGCUACCAGCUGCUGGCCACUCGCCUCUGCCAAGACAUUGACGAGUGCGAGUCAGGUGCACACCAGUGCUCUGAGGCCCAAACUUGUGUCAACUUCCAUGGGGGCUACCGCUGCGUGGAUACCAACCGCUGUGUGGAGCCCUAUGUCCAGGUGUCUGACAACCGCUGCCUCUGUCCGGCUUCCAACCCCCUGUGUCGAGAGCAGCCUUCGUCUAUUGUGCACCGUUACAUGACCAUCACCUCGGAGCGGAGCGUGCCCGCUGACGUGUUCCAGAUCCAGGCGACCUCCGUCUACCCUGGCGCCUACAAUGCCUUUCAGAUCCGUGCCGGAAACUCACAGGGGGACUUCUACAUUAGGCAAAUCAACAAUGUCAGCGCCAUGCUGGUCCUCGCCCGGCCGGUGACGGGCCCCCGGGAGUAUGUGCUAGAUCUGGAGAUGGUCACCAUGAACUCCCUCAUGAGCUACCGGGCCAGCUCUGUACUGAGACUCACCGUCUUCGUGGGGGCCUACACCUUCUGAGGAGGGGGAAGGGGUCACCCUCCCCACACCCCUCUACAGCUGAGAAGCCUGGGGCUCAGGGAUGACUGUGUUCUGCUAAAAAGGGAAGCUGUUAUUGUGAAGAACAGAGAGAAAGGCAAUAAAGGGAGAAAGGAGUGCUGGUGGCCAA